GGCCUGGUGGCGACGGCGGUGGCGGCCGCGGCGUCUUCAGCGGCGCCCAGUGCAGGAUGGUGCUGGCGGCGGCGGCGGUGGCCCUGGUGGCGGCGGCGUCGUUGGCGGCAGCGGGAGGGGGUGCUGUGGCGAAAGCGGCGCCCGCGGGCGGUAUAAAAUGGCGGAUUUCGAGGAGUUGAGGAAUAUGGUUUCUAGUUUUAGGGUUUCUGAACUACAAGUGUUACUAGGCUUUGCUGGACGGAAUAAAAGUGGACGUAAGCAUGACCUCCUGAUGAGGGCGUUGCAUUUACUGAAGAGCGGCUGUAGCCCUGCGGUUCAGAUUAAAAUCCGAGAAUUGUAUAGACGCCGAUACCCACGGACUCUUGAAGGACUUACUGAUUUAUCCACAAUCAAAUCAUCGGUUUUCAGUUUGGAUGGUAGCUCAUCACCUGUAGAACCUGACUUGCCUGUGGCUGGAAUCCACACGUUGCCUUCCACUUCAGUUACACCUCAUUCACCGUCCUCCCCUGUAGGUUCUGUGUUGCUUCAAGAUACUAAACCCACGUUUGAAAUGCAGCAGCCAUCUCCCCCAAUUCCUCCUGUCCAUCCUGAUGUACAGUUAAAAAACUUGCCCUUUUAUGAUGUUCUUGAUGUUCUCAUCAAGCCCACAAGUUUAGUUCAAAGCAGUAUUCAACGAUUUCAAGAGAAGUUUUUUAUUUUUGCUCUGACUCCUCAACAAGUUAGAGAGAUAUGCAUAUCCAGGGAUUUUUUGCCAGGUGGUAGGAGAGAUUAUACAGUUCAAGUUCAGCUGAGACUUUGCUUGGCAGAGACCAGUUGCCCUCAAGAGGAUAACUAUCCCAAUAGUCUGUGUAUAAAAGUAAAUGGGAAGCUCUUUCCUUUGCCUGGCUAUGCACCACCACCUAAAAAUGGGAUUGAACAGAAGCGCCCUGGACGCCCUUUGAAUAUUACGUCUUUAGUCAGGUUAUCUUCAGCUGUGCCAAAUCAGAUUUCCAUUUCCUGGGCAUCAGAAAUCGGAAAGAAUUACUCCAUGUCUGUAUAUCUUGUACGACAGCUCACAUCAGCCAUGUUAUUACAGAGAUUAAAAAUGAAAGGUAUUAGAAACCCUGAUCAUUCCAGAGCACUAAUUAAAGAAAAACUUACUGCAGAUCCUGAUAGUGAAAUUGCUACAACUAGCCUUCGGGUAUCCUUGAUGUGCCCCUUAGGGAAAAUGAGGCUGACAAUCCCGUGCCGAGCAGUGACUUGUACACAUCUGCAGUGUUUCGAUGCUGCUCUUUAUCUGCAAAUGAAUGAGAAGAAGCCCACCUGGAUUUGUCCUGUAUGUGACAAGAAAGCUGCCUAUGAAAGUCUAAUUUUAGAUGGGCUUUUUAUGGAAAUUCUCAAUGACUGUUCUGAUGUGGAUGAGAUCAAAUUCCAAGAAGAUGGCUCUUGGUGUCCAAUGAGACCGAAGAGAGAAGCUAUGAAAGUAUCCAGCCAGCCGUGCACAAAAAUAGAAAGUCCAAGUGUCCUCAGUAAGCCUUGUUCAGUGACUGUCGCCAAUGAGGCAAGCAAGAAGAAAGUGGACGUUAUUGACCUAACAAUAGAAAGCUCUUCCGAUGAAGAGGAAGACCCUCCUGCCAAAAGGAAGUGCAUCUUUAUGUCAGAAACACAAAGCAGCCCAACCAAAGGGGUGCUCAUGUACCAGCCGUCUUCGGUAAGGGUGCCCAGUGUGACUUCGGUCGACCCCGCCGCUAUGCCGCCCUCAUUGACAGACUACUCAGUGCCGUUCCACCACACGCCGAUAUCGAGCAUGUCAUCGGAUUUGCCAGGUUUGGAUUUUCUUUCCCUUAUUCCCGUUGAUCCCCAGAGAGCAGGAAGCCAGCUCAGUGUUUUAGAGGUGAUCAGAAUCUGGUGCUGCUGACGGCCGGGAAGCGUUGAGCACGCAGCUUCACCGACGGAUGUUCCCACUGUCCAUGGGCCGCUGCAGGUUCGUGCUGGAGAAGCACAGGGAUUCUGACACAUUGUGUUUUUCACAAUCCUGAUUUCAAAAAAUCACGGUGCACUUAUACUCGCCUGUGUUGCAUUACCUGCUAACUGUACAAAUACACAUGACCAGGUGAACAGGGGCCCCGGAGCUUCAGCUUCUUCGACUUCACGGUAAAGCCCCCUCUGAGCUAAAGAGUUACUGCCAUCCUACCCUGGACUCAGCACGGUGCUGAGUUUUCACGGAGACAUCUGAGGAGGAACUGCACUGACCCCUGCUUAUCAGGUUACACGGCCCUAUUAGGGAGAAGAAAAUACGAAAUGGCACAAAUAAGGAGCACAGACGCAACCUCACAACUGACAUUCAGGACCUGAGAGAACGUUGAAGGUGGCUCAGUCGGUUCGGGCCAAUAGGACAAAGGACCACACCUGGGCGGCUGGAACAGCAGAAACGCAUUGCUCACUGCCCUGGAGGCUGGAGGGCUGAGAUCAGGGUGUGGCGUGGUCGGGCUGCGCGGGGGCACCGCUCUUGGGCUGCAUACUGCAGACUUCUCAUCGGUCCUCCUGGUGAAAACGGGGGGUGUUGGCCCCAUUAAUGGGGCUCCUCCCUUGACCUAAUCACGCCCCAAAGGCCCCACCUCCCAGUGCCAUUACAUUGGGGAUUCAGGUUUCAACAUGAAUUCUUUUUGGUGGGGGACAAAAAUUCAGUCCAUAGUGGCAGGUCUCUCCUUAAGACCCCCACCGCACCCCUGGGGCCCAGUCUUCAGAGUUAGCUAUGACCCUGGCUCACUUAGGAUCAGAGGGAAAAUUGGGGGGCAGCUGAUAAAGUGACAAAUGAGGAAACUCACUACUAUGAAUGAAUUUUAUAAAAUUUAAAUUCCUAUUUCAUUUAGCAUAUAUAGGGAUUUUUUAAAUCAAAAUUAUUAAGAUUGAAAGUUACAAAAUUCAUUGUAUAAUUGGGCUAAUUUAUUUGUAUUUAAUGGGUAA